GUGUUCGGUGAGUCAGUGUCAGUGAUGGAGGGAGAUCCAGUCACUCUACACACUGGUCUUCUUAAAACGAUGGCUGAUGAUGAGAUUCAGUGGAUGUUCGGAUAUAAAAGCAUAGCUAAAAUGUGUGUAACAGAUGGAAGAAGCACUGUAAAUUAUAUUCUUGAUGGGAGAUUCAGAGACAGACUGAAGCUGGACAAUCAAAAUGGAUCUCUGACCAUCACAAACACCAGACCUGAACACUCUGGAGUUUAUCAACUACAGACCUACUGUUUGAGAAAGAGUUUAAUUCUCACUGUACAACGUGAGUUAGCUGUUCAUUUCUCCUGAUUCAUAUUUUAUUCACAACAAAGAUUAAAUUCUUAAUCCACCAUUUUGCAUCUGUGUUAAUGUUUCUCUUCAAAUGUAAAUUUAAAAUGUUUUCUCAACUAAACCAUUUUAAAGUUAUUUAAAAGUCUUCAUUUGUGACCUGUUUCAGAUAAUUCUUUAAGCAUGAUUGGUGAUAUAGAUGAGCUAUCAGACAUGGAGGGAUAUUGGUCCACUUUAUCCCCUAGUAAUACUGGAACAAUGCUGAUUCAGUGGAGGUUUAUACCUACAAACACUUUAAUAGCUGAAAUCAAUAAACAGACCAACAGAAUCGCUGUGUAUGAUAAUGUUCUUGACGGGAGAUUCAAAGACAGACUGAAACUGGACAAUCAAACUGGAUCUCUGACCAUCUCAAACACCAAAAUCGGAGAUACUGGAGUUUAUGAAGUGCAGAGUAACAAUGUGAGGAAGUGUUAUAUAUUCACUGUUAACGCUCGUCUGCCUGUUUCUAACAUCAUCUCAGACUGUCCAUCAUCAUCAUCAGGAUCUCAUCCCAAUUCCAUCAUUAACCAGACUCAACAUCUGGACAUCAGCAAACUCUGUCACACAUGUUCAGACUCUGAAAACUGUUGUGGUUCUACUAGAACUGUGAUCCGAUUGGUCCUCUCUGCUCUGGUGGGCGUGGCUACUGUCAUUGUUCUGGUUUAUGACAUCAGAUCUAGAAGAGCUGAACCAAAGGGACAUUCGACUCAGUGCCAGCCUGUCCAACAGGUGUUACAGACGGUCGCCUAGGCUCUGCCAUAAGGGAGGGUCCUGUAAUUGUGAGAUUUUUAGGUUUGUUUGACUUGAAGAGCCUCAAACAGAGUCUUUAAAAUACCACAAGAGCUAUAGAGAGCAGACGACUCUGCAUGCUUGCUGUACUUUGAUGUCAUGCAUUGAUCCUUCAGACUCUGCGAGGAAUACAUUUACUACUGUAGCAUGAGUGUAUGGGUAUUGCAUUGGCUUGAGCCUGUUUACAAACCUGUUGUCCAACAAAGAGAACAAUUAAUCACAAAAUCAUUAUUUAAUAUAGUAUUCUAUACAGUGAUAAAGGCUAUGUUGAUUAGCAUUACAUUAUAAAAAUAGUUUAUUCAUAUAAAUAUACCCAACAUGGCUUGAUGAACAGAGAUAAACCAUUUACUUGCAAUCAUAUGUUUGUUGUCUUCGUGUUUUAUCAGUUUAAAUGUCUCUAUCUGUGUUUUAUUCAGCUACAGUGAUAGUGUAUGCUUUUGUCCAUAUUAGGGAUUUCCUGGAAUAUCAUGUGAUUUAUGACUUCUAUUAGUUUUACUUAUGGAUUUACUGUGUGACUGUCCACUCUGGCAACCAGUAUGAAUGAAACAGACAUUGCAUUACAUGUCCGCUCAAUAAUGCUGAUUUAAAAAAAAAUUGUAGUAAUAAUAAUAAUAAAUGUUUUCUCCAUUGUAAAGGAGUUUUUGUCUUUCUUAGUGGAGGCAUAAGAUUUCCUGACAACAAUUAAGAAUUACUCUCAGAUUUUUAAUCAUAAUGUAUUCCAUAAUA